AUGGAUGCACAUAUUUGCAAUAUUAAAUCUCGACUUCUGACUCGUGACGGUUCCUGCCGGUUCCACGGCAGCGAGCGCGGCCAGCUGUGCUAUCGAGAGUCACACGCGGCUGAAACCAGCCGGCCUCACCCCAAAUCGGGCUUGUGCAACUCUCAGAAGGCUCAGCAGAGCCCUGGGGGACAGGAGACCUACAAGCUGCCGCACCGGCUGAUCGAGAAGAAGAGACGCGACAGGAUCAACGAGUGCAUCGCGCAGCUCAAGGAUCUGCUGCCCGAGCACCUCAAGCUGACGACUCUAGGGCACCUGGAGAAGGCUGUGGUUCUGGAGCUCACCUUGAAGCACGUGAAGGCACUGACCAACCUCAUCGAGCAGCAGCAGCAGAAGAUCAUCGCCCUGCAGAGCGGUUUGCAGGCGGGUGACCUGUCAUCGAGAAACCUCGAUUCCAGCCAGGAAAUGUUUCGAUCCGGUUUCCAGAUGUGUGCCAAGGAAAUGCUGCAAUACCUGGCCAAGCACGAGAACGGCAAGGAGCUGAAGCCGUCGCAGCUGGUCAGCCACCUGCACCGCAUGGCCAGCGAGGUGCUGCAGGGCGGGGCGGCCCGCAAGGCCGGCGACAUCCCUCCCAAAAUGGGGGACUUGAAGGAGAAGCCGGCGGCGCUGGGCGAGGGCCACGGGAAGAACUGCGUGCCCGUGAUCCAGCGGACAUUCGCUCACUCCAGCGGGGAGCAGAGCGGCAGCGACACGGACACGGACAGCGGCUACGGGGGGGAGCUGGACAAAAGCGACUCCAAAUCGGAGCAGCCCUAUUUCAAAAAGGAUACCGACCUCAAGUACGCUGUCCAGGAGAGAAUAAGCUCUAUUAAGCAAGAGACUGAGGACCCGCCGGCCAAAAGGAGCCGGCUGGAGUCGCCGCAGGACGAGGGCCCUUUUGGCAGUGACAUGAUGGGCUCUUCCAGCAGCUUCCUGGGCCCCCACGCUCACCAGCCUCCCCUGUGCCUGCCUUUCUACCUGAUCCCGCCGUCCGCCACCGCCUACCUGCCCAUGCUGGAGAAGUGCUGGUACCCGGCCUCGGUGCCCGUGCUGUACCCCAGCCUGCCCGCCUCUGCCGCGGCGCUCACGGGCUUCAUGAACCCCGACAAAAUCUCCCCCCCUCUGCUGAUGCCCCAGAGACUCCCUUCUCCUGUACCAGCCCAUUCCCCCAUCGACUCCUCGGCUCUGCUUCAAGCUUUGAAGCAGAUUCCUCCUUUGAACUUGGAAACCAAAGACUGAGCUCAGUGUGACUGGUUUUUCUCUUUUUUCUUUUUUUUUUCUUUUGUUUUUGGUUUUUUUUUUGUUUUUUUUUUUUAGUUUGAGAGACUGUUUCACUUUUAUAUAUUGGCUGGACUGAGGUGUGGGGACGAGGUUCACUGUGCGUAGGAAGCUAAAUCGCCUUUUCUCUGACUUGUCAGGUAGCUUGGAGAAGGAUGAAGGAUGCGCCCAGGUUAGCGAUUGACAACUACUUCCAAAAGAUUAAAGAAGGCUUUAGGAAGAGUUUUGUGCUUCACCCCUUCCCUUCCUCCCUCUCCACAUCUACAGAGCAACAGUUGACUCGGUCAGCUGCGAAUCUAUUGCAAAGCUGUGAAGAAAUGUUCCACGGGGCAGACUUGGUUUGAGGGUCUGCAGAUACAAAAUACGUGAAUAUAAAACACGGUACUUCCCUUGAGCAGCUCUGAAGGCAACGGCCCCGCUGGCUCCUUGGAGCUGGGCUGGUGUCCAAGUGACCCUGAGUGUGGCGUGGUGGUGGUGGCAAUGCCACCAUGAGCACAGGAGGGGCAGGGCAGUGGUCACUGCAGGGGCAGCAGUGUCACCAGGAGGAGCAGGGCAGUGGUCACUGCCUGGUCACACACAGGUCAGGCAGAACCAAGACGGGUUUCUCUCCACACCUUUGCUGAUACGUAGAUAUUUUUUUAAGAAAUACAAGGUAGCUGCUGCUUGGAGCUUUCCAUGGCGUAAUCUAAUAAAUAAAUUAACCUGCGCCCUUCCUGUAACUUGAGCUGCUAUGUUGGGCCGGGUCGGAGGAGCUGUCCCUGGGAUCGCUGUGCUGGUGGCACCGGCUCCAGCCUCUCCUGCUGCUGCUGCUGCUGCACGGGCAUGGCCGUGUCCCCUGGGGCAUGGCUGUGUCCCCUGGGCACGGCCGUGUCCCCAGGAGUCACAGUGUCCCCUGGGCACGGCCGUGUCCCCGGGAAUCACCGCGGUUUUCCCGGGUCAGGAGCCUCUUGCCAGGGGGAGCAGUUCAGCUGUGCCAUCCCUGCUGAACGUGCCCCUGUCAGUGCCUUUGGGAAAUGAGCAGGCUGGGAUUUUCAAACUCAAACCCCAGUCUGCUCCCAGCAGAGUUUGAGCAUCUGGAUUCCUGCUUGGCAGAGCCUGGCUCACAUCCCCGAGUUAAGGAGACAGGGGCUGGGUGGUGACACUUGUGAGCUGCAAGGAGCUUUCUCCACAGAGGAACAUCAUCUCCAGUCUAGCUUCUUUUUAACUAAAAAACCCCAAACUUCACUGCUAAGGGCAGUGCUCUUUGGUGGUUUUUUUCUGGCUGGUUUUGAGAACUGGUGAGCAGACCCCCUGUCUGCAUCCUCGUGUCGCCCUCCCGUUGCACCAGCUGUUGAGAUGCACUAUGCUUGAUUGCAGAUUGUGUUCUAAUGUUUAUUUUGUUGUUGGUUUUUUGGGUUUUUUUGGUAUACAGUUGUUGCCUUUAUUUGUAAAAUCCUGUUAUAAAUAUAUAUAUUAUAUAAAUAUAUUAAAAGUUAAAACGUUUCAGAUGUCUAUUAUUUGUAUAACUACUUGAGCAUAAAGAAGUGAGAAAUAUGAAUGUAUUCUUGUUUCUGGGUUGUCUUUUUUUUUGAAGAGAAGAAUAUUCCGUUUUUCUCUCGGGAGAGGUACAGUGUUUAUAUUUUGGAGCUGCCUUCAAGGUGGGAUAUUGUACAUAUUUUUAUCUUGAGUAAAUGUUAAGUAGCUGUUUAAAAAUGCUUAAUAAAAUAAUUCUUUUCCUGUGGAAGAUAAGGGUUUGCCUCCUGUGCUUUGCAAUGUUUGAGCAGGGUCAUUCCACGUGGUCUGGUCCAGCUGGGGAUGGCACAGGGAGGAGCAGGAUCUCGGGGUUCAGGGAGAAGGGGGGAUGAGGGAUGCAGGGAGGAGCAGAGAUCUUGUGAUGCAGGGAGGAUGAGGGAUUUUGGGGUGCAGGGAGGAGUGAGGGUUUUGGGGUGCAGGCAGGAUGGGAGAUCUCAGGGUUCAGGGGGGAUGAGGGAUUUUGGGGUGCAGGCAGGAGUGAGGAUUUUGGGGUGCAGAGCCCUGCUCCCCCCACAGCUCCUCUGCAGUCGGUGCCCGAAGGAGCUCAGGUCCCAUUACCCGUGUCACCAGGGAUAUUUAUUUAUUUUAACUCCCUUGGCACCUCCGUGGAUUUUUUUCCUUGCGGCCUCGAGGGAGGUGCCUGGAGGGCCUGGCUGGCUUUCCUGCUCUCUCCUGAUGUCACGUUGUGCUCCCUGUGUCUGGCAUUUGGCUCCUGGGCCCCAGGCUCUGUGGGGAGGGGGCAGCCCCUCGCCCCGGGGUGUCUCCACAGGCUUUGCCCAGUUCCUGGAGGAAAGCCGACUUGCUGC